AUGGAAAAGAGGAAAGAAGAGAUAAUAACGAGAUAUAAGAGAGAAUAUGAGACGGUGUUUAUAAAGAAACCAAAAACGGUAAUGACGAAGAGUGAAAGAAGAAAGGAAAAGAGAGGAGAAGAGGGAGAAAGACUUUUGAUUGGAAGAGAAAGGAAAGGGAAGAUAGAGGAGAGAAGAAGAAGAGGGAUAGAAAGAUAUGUUAAGAUAGAGAGUGUGAGAAAAGCGUAUGAAAAGAGAGGGAUAAAAGAGUUAUUUGAGUGGCAAGAGGAAUGUUUAAAAGAAAAAGGGGUUAGAGAAGGGGAAGAGAAUUUAGUGUAUAGUGCGCCAACGAGUUCAGGGAAGACAUUAGUGAGUGAGAUUUUAAUGAUAGAACGAUAUUGUCAAACACAAAAGAAAAUGAUAUAUAUAGUACCAUAUGUUUCAAUGGCACAAGAAAAAGAAGAAUAUUUUAAAGAAAUAUUAGAAAGUAUAAAGAUAAAUAUUAAAGGAUAUUUUCAAAAUCGAAAGAUAGAUAAAGAAUUUGAUAUUGGGAUAUUUACAAUUGAGAAAGGGAAUGGAAUAAUUAAUAAAAUGAUUGAAGAAAAAAGUAUAGAAGAAGUAAGUAUAAUAAUAAUUGAUGAAAUUCAUAUGGUAUUUGAUAAAAAGAAGAGGACAAAAUAA